CAGUUCUUCAAAAAAUUCAGACGAUUUUAUCGAUAGUCACUGUCCCCGAGGCUCGUCCCUUUAAGCGCCGAACGAUAUACAACUAGCUUCCGGACAAAAAUGAAAACAAAAAAAAACUGAAUCAUAUGCUCGGCAACAUGCACUCGGAUCGGCUUGCGAAAAGUUUCAAGAAGCUCAUCGCCGACCUGAGGAGGAUCGAGGCUAGCCGGGAAGACAUAGAAGCGGCCAAGGAGGAGUUGGAAGAUGUCAUCGGUUCCAGGAGGGAUUACGAAUCCGCGACCACCGUCUCGGCGUUGAUAUCCCUCUUGGACAAAAGAGACGAGCUCGGACCGCUCAACGUCCGCCAUCUCUACGGGAUUCUGGAAAGAGAGAGCUUCGCCGGGUUGAGGGCCGCCCUCAACGAACACGGACGAGAGAUGAGGCGGUUCCUCGCGGAAGAGUUCGUCAGAGAGCCGUGCGCCGAUCUCCAACUCCGGGUGUUCACGGAGCACGUAUUCCCUGAAAAAGUUAUCAGUCUUCUAGCAAGCAGUUUGAACGAUUCGUGGCUCGAGGUUGCCAAGAUUAUAGAGCUCGGUGACUGGAACAUCCAAGUUAUUGAAUCUAUGGACGUAGAGAACGAAGAAAAGAUAAAAGAGAUGCUUAAAGUCUAUGCCAAGGAGGGUAGAUUUUUAAUGAAAAGAGGACGACUUUUAAACGCGUUGGCUCAGAUAAGGAGAAACGACCUGAGGAUGCAGGUACAAAAAUCAUUUAUGGAGCCCUGUCUCUGCCCUGCCUGCAUACCCUUGUGAUGCAAAAUGAAGGUAAUGUACAUAAAUAAUUAAAAGCAAUUUUCAAAUGUUUGAUAGUCUGUAAAUAAUUGUUAUUUUUGAA